GGCGGGUGCAAAGUUGGAAGUCGGUUGUGGUCAAGAAGCAACAUGAGGUCACCCAGGAGUGAGUGCUGACGGACACAAGGUGUGAUGGACCUCAGCUUCGAGGCCGAGAGUCCUCUGGCGCCCCCGGCUGAACUCCUGGAGAGGCUGCCCAGCUGUGACUGGCUUCUUCAAGGGGACAGAUGCCAGAUAUUCUUCCCACCUUCGGAGGCCCCAGGGAGACCCCAGGAACAAAGGUGCUGGUCUUCGUUCCUGGAACACAGAGUCCCCGUGGUGACAGAGGAGGUGGCCCGGGAAGCCCUCCUCAGCUUCGUGGACUCCAAGUGCUGCUACGGCAGCGCGGCCGCCGGCGACCUCGUCAUCCUGGAGCUGAAGCAGCAGGCCCUGCACAGGUAUCGACUAGAAACCUUCAGUGAAUCCAGGAUAAGUGAAUGGACUUUUCAGCCCUAUACCAACCACUCCGUGGAUGGGCCACAAAGAGGGACCUCCCCCAGGCUUUGGGACAUCAAGGUCCAGGUUCCCCCGAUGUUUCAGGAAGAUACCAGGAAGUUCCAAGUCCCUCACUCAUCAUUGGUCAAGGAAUGCCACAAAUGCCACGGGCAUGGGCGCUACAAGUGCAGCAGCUGCCACGGGGCCGGCACGGUGCGGUGCCCCUCGUGCAGCGGGGCCAAGCGCAAAGCCAGGCCCGCCCGGCGGUGUCAGAUGUGCUCGGGGUCCGGCAGGCAGAGAUGCAGCACAUGCUCAGGGAGGGGGAACAAGACCUGUGCCACCUGCAAGGGCGAGAAGAAACUGCUGCACUUCCUCCAGCUGGUCAUCGUGUGGAAGAACAGCCUGUUUGAGUUUGUGUCUGAGCACCAGCUGGACUGCCCUGGGGAGCUGCUUGCUAAAGCCAGAGGAGAGACCCUCUUUAAGGAUGAAAACACGAUGGUGUACCCCAUCGUGGACUUCCCACUACGGGAGAUCUCUCUGGCCUCCCAGCGGGGUAUCGCCGAGCACAGCGCUACGCUGGCCUCCCGAGCUCGCGUCCUGCAGCAGCGCCAGACCAUUGAGCUGAUCCCCCUCACGGAAGUUCGUUACUGGUACCGAGGAAAGACUUAUGUCUACUACAUCUACGGCACCGACCACAAAGUGUACGUGGUGGAUUACCCCGAGAGGUACUGCCGUGGCUGCACCAUCAUCUGACACUGCACAUCUGCCCCCAGAGCCCGCCACUCACAUCUGCCCAGGAGAUUGGCCGAGGUCUCCGAGAUGGCUCACUGUUGGCUCCUCUGGACAAUUGCAUGCAAACCCUGGUGUGUCCUUCCAGAGACUUCAGCUCCUCUGUCAAGCUACAAGUCCUUCUGGAGCCCGUCUGGCGGAAUCUAUCCUGUGUCUAACCUACAAAAAUUCAUCUACACCCACUGCUUUAGGAGGAAUAACUUAAGCGGUGGGGGCUUUGCCUCUGGCCUGUGAACUAAAGCCCUGAUGGAGCGUGGGGUUGAUUUUACUUUUCCCUGGGUCAGUCUCAGUUCUGGUGUGUCUCUGCUAGUUUGGGCCUU